UAAGGAUUUCCAUAGUCAACAGCAGGCUGCGUGGGCUUGGGGCUGAAGAGUGAGAGCCGCCCAUUUUCGACGCAGAACCUGACAACCCUUCCUCCACUAACGCCCCCGCCGGGCUCUUUCACACCUUCCUCCCUUUGAAUGGUCGCUGGAAUUGGAAGGAGGGUCCGCCGCGUAGGGCGAGAGGAAAACAGGUGCUGUCAUAUUUCGCGCACGCGCACGCGCACGUCACGGCUGAGCACGCGCAGUGAGCCUCUCGGCCUUUUUGGCUCGUGGUUGAUGCAAUGCGGCGCAAGCGCUCUUCGAGCUGGUCUGUCAGAGGCUUCCGUAAAGCUACCCCCGGCCCAGUGUCCCUUGAGAUAUGAAGAUAUCUGCAUUUUAAGACUCAGCUCUAAAAUGGAGGAGACCGGCAAGGAGGCUGUUGCAACAGCUGUACAGAGGGUGGCUGGAAUGCUUCAGCGGCCAGACCAGCUAGAUAAAGUGGAGCAGUAUCGUCGGAGGGAAGCGCGCAAAAAAGCAUCAGUGGAAGCUAGGUUGAAGGCAGCAAUCCAGUCACAGCUAGAUGGAGUUCGAACUGGUUUAAGCCAACUCCACAAUGCAUUGAAUGAUGUCAAGGAUAUUCAGCGUUCUUUGGCUGAUGUCAAUAAAGACUGGCGACAGAGUAUCAACACCAUAGAAAACCUCAAGGAUGUUAAGGAUGCUGUAGUUCAACACAGCCAACUUGCAGCUGCUGUGGAAAAUCUCAAAAAUAUCUUCUCAGUGCCAGAGAUCGUUCGGGAGACUCAAGAUUUGAUUGAGCAGGGACAAUUGCUGCAAGCCCAUCGAAAGCUGAUGGAUUUGGAGUGUUCACGAGAUGAUCUGAUGUAUGAGCAGUAUCGUAUGGACAGCAAGAACACCCGUGACAUGAACCUCAUUGAUAACUAUUUUGGAGAUAUGCAAAAACUUUCUGAAGAGCUGGCCAAGCAACUCUGGAUGGUCAUUCAGAGGUCUCUUGUCACAGUCCGCCGAGAUCCAACCUUGCUGGUUUCAGUUGUCAGAAUAAUUGAAAGGGAAGAGAAAAUAGACAGACGCAUGCUAGAUAGAAAAAAGCAAACUGGGUUUAUUCCCCCUGGCAGGCCUAAAAAGUGGAAGGAAAAAAUGUUUAAUGUAUUGGAUCGUACUGUCACCACUAGGAUUGAAGGUACUCAAGCAGACACCCGAGAAUCUGACAAAAUGUGGCUUGUUCGCCACUUGGAAAUAAUCCGCAAAUAUGUCCUUGAUGAUCUGGUGGUGGCUAAAAAUCUUAUGGAUCAAUGUUUUCCACCACAUUAUGAAAUGUUCAAAAAGUUACUAAUCAUGUACCACCAGGCAUUGUCUCAACGAAUGCAAGACCUGGCUUCUGAAGAUCUGGAAGCAAAUGAAAUUGUUAGCCUUUUAACAUGGGUUUUAAAUACUUAUAAAAGUGUAGAGAUGAUGGGGAACCCAGAACUUACACCAGAGGUGGAUGCCAAUACCCUGCAACCUCUACUCUCUCAAGAUGUGGUGGAUGAGCUUCUUAGUACAUACAUGUCAACACUUACAUCCAACAUCAUUGGCUGGUUACGAAAAGCACUGGAGACUGAUAAAAAGGACUGGCUAAAAGAAAAUGAGCCAGAAGCAGAUCAAGAUGGAUACUAUCAAACAACACUCCCUGCUAUUGUUUUCCAGAUGUUUGAGCAGAAUCUUCAAGUGGCUACCCAGAUAAGUGACGAUUUGAAAAUAAAGGUACUGCAUUUGUGCCUUCAGCAAAUGAGUACAUUUCUCAGCAGGUACAAAGAAGAAGCACAUUUAUAUAAAGAAGAACACUUAAGAAAUCGUCAGUGUCAUCCAUGCUAUGUUCAGUAUAUGGUUGCUAUAAUCAACAAUUGUCAGACCUUUAAGGAAUCUAUCAUCAGUUUGAAAAAGAAAUACUUGACUCCUGUUAUGGAUGACCUAAUGAAAAGCAGUCAUGCAUGCAUUGAUGCAGUUCUAGAUGAUGUUGCCAAGGAGGGAUGCUCAAGCCUGCUGGAUGAAGUAUUCAUGGAUUUAGAGCCACAUCUCAGUGAGCUGAUGACAAGAAAAUGGCUGGCAGGAUCCAAUGCUGUGGAUACAAUCUGUGUAACUGUAGAGGAUUAUUUCAAUGAUUUUGCAAGAAUAAAGAAGCCCUAUAUGAAGAAAAUGACUGUUGAGUGCCAUCGCAGAGUUGUUGUGGAGUACAUCAAGGCUAUUAUGCUAAAGCGUAUAACUUUCAAAAAUGCAGAAGAAAGAAAAGAAGGCGCUGAAAGAAUGAACAGAGAAGCUGAUCAGUUCAGAUUUCUGUUCAAGAAAUUUGCUGCUGAAUCUGGAGAGAAUACAGCAGGACUUUGUGAUGUCAUUGAAGCCAUUGCAGAAGUAUUCAAGUUGACAGAUCCUUCGCUACUUUAUCUAGAAGUUUCAACUUUAGUUAGCAAACACCCAGAUAUCAGGGAUGACCAUGUUACAACUUUGUUGACGAUGAGAGGAGAUGCCAGCAGAGAGAUGAAGCAGACCAUCAUUGAAACUCUGGACAAAGGUCCAAGCCAGCCAAAUCCAAACUAUGUGCCAAUUUUUAAAGAAAUUACAGUUCCAACUUUAACUGUGCCAAAGCUCCUUAAAUAACAGCAACAGACUUCAAUAUGCAUCAUUUUGAGUGUUAAUAUCCUAGGAACAUUUGUUGCUUAACUUGGCCAGGCACUUGGAAGACACAUGAAUUUCUUGGCAGCUCUUUGGUUAUUGUGUCUGAUGCUAACGCUUAGCGAGGGUGGUCAUUUGAAGAAUACACACUGUUCUGAUGGCCAGAGUGCUUUGUACUAGCAUCCACCAUCAGCAAUUGACUUCCUCACAAUUAUUUAUCUUGGACUUUGUGUGUACUCUCGGAUGCAUAACUGGACAUGCAUAUGUUUUAGAAAACCUAUUUAGGAAAUGUUUGUCUAAUCACUUGAAUUAAUUUGCUUCUGGGGGAAUGAAUGAAAAAUGACAUUUUGGGGUAGAUCAAUGAUUUUUUCUCAUCUAAUUGACUUCCACUUGAUUUGAAAACUUGCAUAAAGGAUUGCUAAAUAAAACAAAUGGCUAUA